GUUGAAAGCUUCUUUCUUUCAGUACUCUCUAAGCUUUGAACAGUGAAAUGGGUUCAAACCCAUGAAAGGGAAACUAAAGAUUACACCAUUUUGAAGAGCAAUUUUACACUUUUAAUUUUGAUGUCUAUACUAUUCAUAAUUCUUCAUCCAUUUUGGAAAGCUGGUAACACAUGGCAAUUUCACGUACUACUAUGUGUUCAAGUGAGAAGUGCUUGAGAAGUGCAUUGAUAUUUGAAGCUCAGAGAGGAUAUAGGAACUUUGUGAGCCAAAAUAUGAGGUUUAACUAUUUUCUUUCUUCCAAGAUGUCAACAGUAUUUUCUAGGACAAAACAUAAGCUUGCGGAAAAGCUGUUGAAGGAAGUCGAUGUUUAUGGCCGCGCUAGUGUCAAGGAUGGGUCUAAAUUUCUAAAUAAGGCUUCUGUGGUGAUGAGUUACGAUGGUUUAGAUGAUCUAAUUGAUGGUGAAGGAUCUAAAAACCUAUCUGAUAUUCAUCCUGAUGGAGGAGCAGAUGAUUAUGAUUUCUCCUUAAUGUGUAAACAAUUCUCUUCAAUCAUGUUGGGUUCUUCUCCACCUGUUGAAUUAUUCAAUGGGACAACAUCCAACCAUGGAGACAAUGGGCUUUGGGCCACAAAAAUUUGUAGAGAGUUUCUCUCUAGCUCUGUGGGUGAACAAUUGAUCAGUCCCGAUUCCCUAUAUGAGACAUGGCAAAUUUUCUAUUCGGGGGCGGCUAAUAUUCCUGAUACUUUGGAGACAGAAACAAGACAAGACUUGCAGUUCACUGUGGAUAAACCUUCUAACCUGCCUCACCAUGGGGUCAAACAGAAUGAUGAAUUGGUUGAAGUAAUGCUCGAUCAGUCUAUUAGCUUUAUUCCUGGGCUCAGCAAACGGAACUCUCGUCAGCUGGAAAACUGUGGCUUUCACACAUUGCGCAAAUUGCUGCAGCAUUUUCCUCGGACAUAUGUUGAUCUGCAAAAUGCACAGGGUGGAAUUGAGGAUGGGCAAUACUUGAUUUUUAUUGGAAAAAUCAAAUCCUCAAGGGGAAUAAGAGCUAGUUAUUCUUUGUCAUUCCUUGAGGUGGUUGUCGCUUGUGAUGUUGUAGAUAAUGAAUCACCAUCCACUUCUAGGGAUGAUAGUGCUGAUUUAAUGAGUGAUAAAGCUGAUAAUGUCAGGAAGAAAACAGUAUUUUUACACUUGAAAAAGUUUUUCCGUGGCACUCGCUUCACGUAUCUACCUUUUCUCAAGAGCCUAGAGGAGAAGCAAAAGGUGGGAGACAUUGUAUGUGUCAGUGGUAAGGUGCGAAUUAUGAGGUCAAAAAAUCAUUACGAGAUGAGGGAAUACAAUAUGGAUGUGCUACAAGAUGAAAAGGAUCCAUUAGUUUGUGCACAAGGGAGGCCGUAUCCUAUUUAUCCUUCAAAAGGAGGUUUAAGCUCUAACUUUCUUAGGGAUGUGAUUUCAAGAGCCUUAAAGGUGCUUCCAUCCAAUGUCGAUCCUAUACCUGAAGAUCUGGCUCAUGAUUUUGGACUCCUAUGCCUUCAUGACGCAUAUGCAGGAAUUCACCAGCCAAAAAGUGUAAAAGAGGCUGAGUUAGCUCGCAAGAGGCUUGUAUUUGAUGAAUUCUUUUAUCUUCAGCUUGGGCGGUUAUUCCAAAUGCUUGAAGGUCUUGGUACCAAAGUAGAGAAAGAUGGAUUGCUGGAUAAGUAUCGGAAAUCGGAAUUCAAUUUGAUAAACACAGAUGGAUGGUCCAUGCUGACUAAGAAAUUUCUGAAGGCUCUUCCUUAUUCUCUUACAUCGAGUCAAUUGCGAGCUGCUUCAGAAAUUAUUUGGGAUCUAAAGCAACCUGUCCCCAUGAAUCGUCUACUACAGGGUGAUGUUGGAUGCGGGAAAACUGUGGUUGCUUUUUUAGCAUGUUUGGAGGUUAUCAGUUUAGGUUACCAGGCAGCUUUUAUGGUCCCAACCGAGUUGCUUGCUGUUCAGCAUUAUGAGCAAAUUAAAAACUUAUUAGGCAACAUGGAAGCGGCAGAUUGCAAACCAUCAGUUGCUCUAUUGACUGGCUCAACAUCUACAAAGGAAUCACGGUUGAUUCGCCAGGGUCUCCAAACUGGAGAUAUCUCUUUGGUCAUUGGGACUCACAGCUUAAUCGCUGAAAAAGUGGAAUUUUCAGUUUUACGCAUUGCUGUUGUGGAUGAGCAACAUCGGUUUGGAGUUAUCCAGAGAGGACGAUUUAAUAGCAAGUUAUAUUACAACUCAAUAAGUUCCAAGCUGUCUUCGAGUAUCUCGGACGAUUCCUCCAAGGACAGUGUAGUUAUGGCUCCUCAUGUCCUAGCUAUGUCGGCCACUCCAAUCCCGAGGUCACUUGCUCUAGCUUUGUAUGGAGAUAUGUCUUUGACACAGAUCACUGAUUUGCCUCCUGGAAGAAUUCCUGUUGAAACAUUUGUGAUUGAAGGAAAUGAACCUGGAUUUGAGAAGGUCUAUCAGAUGAUGUCUGAUGAGUUAGAAGUAGGGGGUAAGAUAUAUCUUGUUUAUCCGGUCAUUGAACAAUCCGAGCAAUUGCCUCAGCUUCGUGCAGCUUCUGCUGAUCUUGAGACUAUAUCUCAAAAGUUUUCAAGUUACAACUGUGGUCUCUUACAUGGAAAAAUGAAGGGUGACGAUAAAAGUGAAGCACUAAACCUGUUUAGAUCCGGAGAAACCAAUAUCUUGCUCUCAACGCAAGUUAUUGAGAUUGGGGUUGAUAUUCCAGAUGCAUCUAUGAUGGUUGUUAUGAAUGCUGAGAGAUUUGGAAUUGCUCAAUUGCAUCAACUUAGAGGACGAGUUGGACGUGGAGAAAGGAAGUCCAAGUGUAUAUUGGUGGCAUCAACUGACAGCAGUCUAAGUCGCUUGCAGGUGCUUGAGAAAUCAUCUGACGGUUUUUACCUCGCAAAUAUGGAUCUUGUAAUGAGAGGACCUGGAGACUUACUUGGGAGGAAGCAGUCAGGACAUCUUCCAGAGUUUCCUAUUGCUCGGUUAGAGAUAGAUGGAAAUAUCAUACAAGAUGCUCAUCUUGCUGCUUUGAAAAUCUUGGGUGAUUCUCUUGAUCUGGAGAAAUAUCCAAAGAUCAAGGCUGAACUUAGCAUGAGGCAGCCACUGUGUCUUCUAGGUGACUAGUCUCCAGCUAUGACGGGUAAGGCGUGAAGUUCCAAUUAUGAUGGCCUGGACACUCAACUAUAGAAUUUGCAUAGUAACUUUGUAUAUGAUUUGAAGAUCUUGAUGUACAUCAAUCAAUGAAAAACUUCAUUUUUGUACAUGCUGUAAAAGGGAUGUUGGCCCUUGUGUAUAUCCAAUUUUGUAAGACCUCUUCCAAGCUGCUACAACUUUGUCUUUAGAAGUUCAUUUGUGUUUCAUGAUAUAGAGGACCUAUUACACAGACAUAGCAGGUUUCAGUAUGUUUGAGAGACGACACUAUCGAUGCUUUGGUACUGAAGACAGAUGUGGUAGCAGUUUUUGUUCUUCUCGUUGUACUUUAUUGUGUAUCUUGGGCAAAAAUUACUUGCUUAUCUGAAGUCAAGAGGCGGAUCUAGAGUACAACGUGUGGGUUCACGUGAAGCUAGUAGUUUUUGUUUAGAUCUUGUAUGUAUAUAGUAAGAAAUCCCCUAAAAAUUCAUAAUUUUUUUACUGUAAGUUCAGUUAUUAUUGUACAUUAAUUUGAAAUUGUUGUAUGAAUUUAUAAACUUUAAAUUCUGAAUCCGUCUCUGUAUGAAGUGUCACUCAAGGCUCAAACCUCUUGACAUUCGCAAGAAUAGCAACGGUGCCCAAACAAAUAAUUAUUAGAAUAACAGACUUUGGUUUGA